AAAGAAAGAAAGAAAACAGGGAGGGAUUAAAAAUGAAAAUUACGAAGUUUGAAAAUUGAAACUGUUUUAGGUUAAAGUAGUGAUUUUACGUAAAACAAUGAAAAUAAUUUGUACAGUGGAAGUGUCAGAUCGAAACCUACCCUCUUUGAAUUUGCCUAGUAAAAAGUCGGUGAGGAGUAGUUUAGCAAUAGGAAAAUCUGGGGAUAAAGAAUUAUAUAUUUUGCAUCAAACGAACCAGAAUGGGUCUGGUAAGAAGUACAAGGUAAAAAAUAACAUUGCCAACUUAUUUGUUAAGUUUAUCAAUGAAGGAAAGGCUACAAUACGUUUCAAGGAACCACAACACGAUCUUGCUAUAAAAUGUGAUUCUAUACAGCUAAAAGGAUUUUUAAGAACUCUAAAACUGGGUUUGGAUGGGAAUUACGUAAGUCAGUUAUCAACAAUUCCAAGUACCCAGUCUAUACAAAACAAAAGUUUGAAACCUAUUAAAACAAAACUUAAAAUAACAUCCAAAGAAGAGUAUCCAGUUUUGGAGGGGUUUCCUCGGACAUUAGAAUAUUUGCAAAUUAACAAUGCAAACGUGAGGACAUUGGAUAACCGAAUACUGAGACUUCGCAAUCUCUGUGUUUUAUACCUGGAGAACAAUGAAUUGACGACUUUGCCUGAACAAUUAGGUUCAUCUUUACCGAAAUUGACAGAAAUGCAUUUAAGAGAUAACAGUUUAGGACUUGGCGGAAACUGGAAAUGGAUUGUCAAUGGAAACUUACAGAAACAACUAAAGCUACUAGAUUUGCGAUCAAAUAAAAUAAGUGUUCUUCCUGAUAAGCUGGUAAAGCUUGCCAAUCUUGUAACUUUAAAUGUAGAUGACAACCGUUUGGAAAGUCUUCCCAAUGCAUUAGGGUACAUGAGGAGUUUAAGGUUUUUCACUGCAAGUAAAAAUCAGAUAAGUUAUCUGCCAGGAAGUAUAAAAUUGUUGAGACUAGAAUGCCUUGAUCUCAGCCAUUAUGUUUUUUGUGAAAAACUGAAUAAGAAGGUGACUGCCAAAGAUUUCCUAUUUGUACCUCCUUUAGUAGACAUUGCUGCUGCGUGUGUCAUAACUAAGAGACUUUACUUCAGUGAAGCGACGCUACCACAAACGUUAAUAGAUCACUUGGAAAGUGCUUCAUUUUGUGUUUGUGGCAAACCAUGUUUCUCCCAACAACCUGAGAGUUACAUUCCGUACCGUGGCCUAUGUGAUUGUAUCAUAACUACUGUUAAUCGUCGUGAUUUUAAAAUAUCAGUAAGAUACUGUAGUUUCCAGUGCUACUCAAAAGAAGAACGUUUAUUUUUUCCGCAGUACUAAUUUCAAGGAAAAGAUUUUAAUCACUCAAUGUGUAAAUAUACUCAUUUUAAUUAAA